CCGUUCUCAAUACAGCCAGGAAACAUAAAUGAUGGAGCACGUCACAUGGACACCCGCAGGACUACAUAUUCCAUGAGGCUUGAAAACCGAACAGCACCAUGGGAGAUCGAGACAGUGCGCAUAGCAGUUCCUGUCUGCCCGGCGAGUCUGUGAGUGAUGACGUCACUGCCGAACUUCCAGCCGUAAAGUGAGGCCUUCUGUAAAGCAGAGUAUACCGCUAGGACUGCGUGCACCGCAAUGCCGCCGAAGAAACCUGCGGCCCCUCAAGCCGCGAAGAAGACCGAGCAGAAGAAGAAGGAGAAGGUCAUAGAGGACAAGACAUUUGGCCUUAAGAACAAGAAGGGUGCCAAGCAGCAAAAAUUUAUCAAAAAUGUCACACACCAGGUUAAAUUCGGACAGCAGAACCCUCGAGUGGUGGCACAGGCUGAAGGAGAGAAGAAAACUAAAAAGGACGACAAAAAGAAAGAGCUACAAGAGUUAAAUGACCUUUUUAAACCGGUAGUAGCUGCGCAAAAGGUCAGCAAAGGUGUUGAUCCCAAAUCUGUAGUAUGUGCUUUCUACAAGCAAGGACAGUGCACUAAGGGCGACAAGUGCAAAUUUUCCCACGACUUGUCUUUAGAACGAAAGUGUGAGAAGAGAAGUCUUUAUUUUGAUGGAAGAGACGAUGAACUUGAAAAAGAUACAAUGGAGACUUGGGAUGAGAAAAAACUGGAGGAGGUGGUUAACAAGAAGCACGGAGAAGCAGAAAAGAAGAAACUUAAAACUCAGAUAGUUUGUAAGUUCUUCCUAGAAGCAAUAGAAAACAACAAAUAUGGGUGGUUUUGGGUGUGUCCUGGGGGAGGGGACACCUGCAUGUAUCGCCAUGCUCUGCCUCCUGGCUUUGUACUAAAGAAGGAAAAGAAGAAAGAAGAAAAGGAAGACGAAAUUUCAUUAGAAGAUUUGAUAGAAAAGGAGCGUGCUGCACUUGGACCAAAUGUUACCAGGAUCACCUUAGAAUCCUUUCUUUCUUGGAAGAAAAGAAAAAGGCAAGAUCAAAUAGUAAAGGAUGAAGAGGAAAUGGAAAAGAGAAAGGCAGACUUUAAAGCAGGAAAAUCCAUGGGGAUCAGCGGUCGUGAAGUAUUUGAAUUUAGACCCGAACUUGUGAAUGAUGAUGAUGAAGAGGCAGAUGACACACAAUACAUAUAUGCUGAGGGAGAAGACGAUGAUGAUCUGGACACCUCUGAUGUUCAGGACAUUGACCUGAGUCGGUUUGUUCUUAAAGAUGUUGAUGAAACAGGUAUUACAGUAGCAAGUCAUGAGCGUUUCAGCAUGUAUGUCACAUCAACAGAUAAGGAAGAUACAAUGCUAGCUGAAGCAUCAGGAGGGGACAUGACAAAUGGUAAUCAAAAUGACUAUUCAGAUCAAAGUGACGACGACCAAGACAAUCUUGAGGAUGCUGUCCCUGUUGAUGAAAAUCUUUUUACCGGAGAAGAUCUAGAUGAACUUGAGGAACAGCUAAAUACUCUGGUAGGAUAA